CACAACCUCCCCAGCCAGGCAGCUCCUGCAUAGCUGUACCCCCUUAAACACACGGCAGGACAGGACCAGGCACCCUCCGGGCACUCCUAGUUAACCAUGGCAUCAGAAGCGGAGAAAACAUUCCAUCGAUUUGCUGCCUUCGGGGACACAGCAAGCAGUGGUGCUGAGAUAAACAACAAGAACUUCUCCAAGCUGUGUAAAGACUGCAACAUCAUGGAUGGCAAGAUGGUCACCUCGAAUUCUGUGGACAUCGUGUUCAGCAAAGUGAAGGCCAAGAAUGCCAGAACCAUCACAUUUCAGCAAUUCCAGGAAGCCAUGAAAGAACUGGGCCAGAUGCGGUUCAAGGGGAAGAACCCUGAUGAAGCUCUGCAGGAAAUUUUUAAGCUCAUGGAGGGCAAGGAGCCAGCCACCACUGGUGUCACUAAAGCAACCACAGCGGGUGCGGUGGACCGUCUGACAGACACCAGCAAGUACACGGGCAGCCACAAGGAGCGCUUUGACGAGAGUGGCAAGGGCAAGGGCAUCGCCGGACGGGAAGACAAAGCUGACAACUCAGGCUACGUGAGCGGCUACAAGGGUGCUGGCACCUAUGAUAAGAAGACUAGCAAGUAAGCAGGAGCCUGGUCUUAGCCUACUAAUCACCUGACCCUGCCUCCUUAUCAUCAAGGACGUGAGGGGGCAAUAAACAUCUGUGUG